AUGGACACUCACGAAUCUAAAGAGUUAAGGUUUAGCAAUAAGCAAAUACUUGUGGUCGGAGAAGGAGAUUUUUCAUUUUCUUUGUCUUUAGCCAAAGCCUUUGGUUCUGCCACCAACUUCACUGCAACAUCCCUUGAUAUUCGAGAGAACCUAGGACGUAAUUACAACAAUGGAAAAGAGAACGUGGUUGAGUUGGAGAGACUUGGAUGCACCGUGGUCCGUGGUGUUAACGUACACUCCAUCACUUCAGACAAUCGUUUAGCUCGAUACGAUGUUAUCCUCUUUUAUUGUCCUCAUGCAGGUAAACUACAUGGGGUGGUUGGUGGAUUUAUGAAGAGUGCAAAAGAGAUGAUGAAAGAAGAAGAUGUAGGAGAGUUUCAUAUCAUUCAUAUCACAAUGCAUCCAUUUAACAAGUGGGAUAUAAAGACUCUCGCUGAAGAAGAAGGUUUGCGUUUUAUUAACCAAAUGAAGUUUGACAAAUGGGCAUUUCCAAGUUACUCCAACAAGAAUGGAAAUGGAAGCAAUUGUGACAAUAGCUUUCCUAUCGGAUCAGCUGUUGUUACUUUCAUCUUCAAGAAAUAG